GUGCGCCCACCACCUAACCUCCAUUUUUACAUCCUAUUCUUUACUUCAAUUCAUCACUAUGCCUAAGGUCAAAUCUGCCGACGCUGCACCCCAUCGCAAGCGGGGAUCGAAGAAGGACAAGGACGCUCCCAAGCGCGGUCUUUCUGCCUACCUCAUCUUCAGCAACGAAUGGAGGGAUCGGGUCAAGGCAGAGAACCCGGAUGCUUCAUUCGGUGAUGUUGGGCGGCUAUUGGGUGCAAAGUGGAAGGAGCUCCCUGAUGAAGAGAAGAAGGAGUAUCAACGGAAAUCGGACGAAGACAAGCAGCGUGCUGCGAAGGAGAAGGCAGAGUACGAGGGCAAGAAGAGCGCCUGAUCGUCGUCGUCGUCGUGAACAACAAUGUUCCCACCCUCCGUUCUCGUUCUCAUUCUCAUUCUCGUCUUCCCUCCCUCUCCCGGACGCUCGCCGUCAGCUGUAUUCUUUCAUGUCUCCUUCGUCCUCCGGAAAGGUUUAUUGCAUCGUUUCGGUUCUCGACCAUGCCAAUCCACUAAUCUGUGACGCCUCGCCCCGUCCGCCCCGCCUCGCCCUCGCCCUGCCUGUUGUGUUGUCGCUCUGUAGUCCCCGCACCUCGCACCCCAAGUGUUGUAGUACGCUCAAUCUGCGCCCAGAGGAUCGCGCCGUGACGGACUGUAGAUGUGUAAAGUAAUUGGCAUGCCGUUAAUCUUAUUUAUACCUG